AUGGUGACCAGGCGGUAUUGUCACUUCAUAGGGGAUCUUCUGAAGCUGCAGCAGCAACUUCCCAAAGGGGAUCACUUUAAACUUGCAAUUCCACCUGCUGUUGCCACUCCUGUUGUGCGGUGUGUCUGGGCGAACGCUGCUGCAGGGGAUGCGGUGCCAGUAGAUGGAGCUCAAGGAUCCCAGUCACUAAAGGGAUGGGAUGGAAGUUCUGCCAUGAAGCUACUUGAAUGAGGAAUGAGCAUCUUAAAGAGAGUGAACUAUGAUUAUAUAAUACACUUAGAAGAGAUGUUUGAGACACCAAAGCAGAUGUAUCUUGUAAUGGAGCUGUGUGAGGAUGGAGAACUUGAAAACAUUUGUAGUAAAGGACAUUUUACAGAAAAUGAGACAAGACACAUUAUUCAGAGUCUUGCUUCAGCAAUAGUGUAUCUUCACAAAAAAGCUAAUUAUUCUGACUCUCUCUUGGCAGAUAUUGUUCACAGAGAGCUAAAACUAGAAAACAUUUUAGUUAAAAGCAGUGACAUCAAUGAGGCAAAUGAAAUGAAAUUAAACAUAAAGGACUCUGAAGUCCAGAUAAGAGAACAAGAGGUGCUUAUUAUUUCCACCCGUGAAGUUAUCAGUGCCUGUGACUACAGCCAACAGUGUGACAUUUGGAGCUUAGGUGUCAUUAUGUACAUGCUAAAAAAACCCCACAACUUGAUAUAUCUCAUGUCUGCUAAGAACAACCCAACACAAGUAGUGAGACUACUUCUGAAAGUCUACCCUACUCACCAAAUCACAGCUAAUGAAUUAUUUGAUAACCAGUGAAUUUUGAGGAGGUAUAAUUUCUUCUCCUUGUGUUCUACCUCUUGCUUAUUUGGUACGUGAAAACACUGUAUUGCCUCAGUGGAACCCAGUAGGGUGGAAAAUGUAAAAAACACAACCUAAGAA